CCGGCGGAUUUGUGGCUCCUCCUCUGCUGCUGGGAGAAAGAUGAGCAGCAAAAUUCAGACCAGGUUCUGAACCCUUAGAAAAAGUAGACCCACCCCCCAUCCCUCUAGGUUUUACCAUUCCAAGCCAAGACGAGUGCCGGAAAGAUGACUCCUGUGGGACAAUAGGCUCCUUCCUGCUUUGGUAUUUCCUCAUUAUAUUGGUCCUGAUGUUCUUCUCUCGGGCUUCUCUCUGGAUGUCUGAGAGAAAAAGGGAUGAAGACAGUGGGACAAGCACUUCAGUAAGUAAAGCAAGCAAAGAUAUGUCCUAUAAGCGGCAAAGUAAAGAUAGUUCCUGGGACUCUUCACAAAUGUUGAAGAAACCAAAGCAGAGCCAACUUUCCCCAGUAACUGAAUCUGAAGUGGCUUUGAUCAAUGCCUACCUUGAACAAAGACGAGCCAGGCACCACUCUCAGUACCACCAGGUGAGCCCGAUCCAGCAUGACAGUGAUACUACUGAGUGUGACAGUGAAGAGUCCAACUCAGGAGCCUCCUCGUGGAAGGAGAGUGAAAGUGAGCACCAUCCAUCACCAACCAGUAUUAAGAGGAGAAAAACAGUACAGAGGCAAAAGAAUCUGGGAAAUUACCAAGUCAGAGAAAGACCCUGCCUCCACUGCAAAGCCAUGAGAACCAAUGAAUGGUUGACACGCCAUUUCCCACAAAGCACGUCAGUAACAGCCCCCAUGAAGGGAGAUGUUCAAGAGGAAAAUUCCACACCUGACACUAAUAAACAAAUUCAGUAAAUUUAGAAUUUUGGCAUCUUUACCUUACUUAAAGUCAAAAGAAGAUGAAUAAAACAUGAAAACUAGCAGUCAUAGGGGAGACUUUUACAAUAAAGCCGCUUUACUAACAAUGAAAACAUAAUUGGAAUCUAACAGGUCAAAUUUCAAACAAUUCUUCAUUCAAAAUAAGGCCAGUGAAUUGUUUAUGGCACCACUGGAACACUGAAGAUGUGUCUCUACUAUGACCUUGUUUUUAUUCAAAAGAG